UUUUUUCGGUUUCAAUGAAAUUGUUUUGAGUUUCUGCUUAAUUAUUUAUAUUUAUUCCUAUCGUUUAUCUAAUGAUUAUUUCAUUCAGAUUAAUGGCAUGAAAUGACUCAGUAAUGGAGAUCAUGCAUGAUAUUUCGAGAAAAAUGAGCAUGGAACUUUUAUAUGAAAAAAAGUAUCUUAUUUACUUCUCAAAUAUAUUCUACGGAUGUAAAUUAUUUAAAAAUUCUCAAAUUUUAUGAAAGUUAAAAGGAUAUAUUUUUCAUCAAUGACACUUGCUUUUCAGUUUUAUGUUAAAUCGAUCUUAGUGCUUUGCCACUGGUCUCCUAUAUUUCCUACCAAUAAAGUAGAAUUACGGCCCGUGAAAAUAAAAGUAUUUUAGGUUUGUUUCAUAUAAUGGAAUCAAAUAAAGUAGAGUAAUAACCAGAAGGCAUUUCUUGACAAUUGCUGUUAUCAGUCUCGUUUCAAACGACACAAUGCAGUCUCCAAUCAUUGACAAAAAAAUUAUGAUCAAUGGUUUCUCAUCUGUAUAUAAUAUUUGAAAUAAUUUCGGUAAGCACUGUUGGCUGAAAUGUUCAGGUAUCCGAUUCUUUCAAUAACUACAGCAAAAUCUGCCCAACGGAUUUAUAAUUGCUCGUUCGUUUCGGGAGAAGUGUUACCACAUGGUAUAACAUUAAUCGUUAUUUCGAGCAUUAUUACUUCAAGGACAUACAAAUAACCAUGCACAAUACCUGUAGACUACCUACAAAAAUGCAUCAAAAAGAUUAUAUUUCUUAUACAGAAAAGGUUCUUUGAUAGUUUCGAUGACUAUGGCGUUCAUUUUUAACAAACUGUGGUCGGUGGUUUUCGUUGUUGGUGUUGUGAAAAGUUGUUACAAAUUUCCCGCAGACAUGCCCGACCCCUGCGAAGAUAAAGAAUGUCAUUUCGGGGCGCAAUGCCGACCGUCACCAGACGGACAGACAGGAGACUGUGUGUGUCCCGAAAAAUGUGCCACCUACGGGGACAGUAGGGGGUCAAGGCCAGUAUGUGGUACUGAUGGUCAAGAUUAUCCGAAUGUGUGUGAAUUGCGUAGGACAGCCUGCAAAUUGAAAAAGGAGAUAGAAGUGAAAUUCCAAGGCACUUGUGAUCCAUGCGAAGAAGUGGAAUGCCCAGCAACUCAAGUUUGCCAGCUAGAUAACCACCGAAAUCCCAUAUGCAGAUGUAAUUCAAUUUGUUCCCCAGAUUUCAGGCCAGUAUGUGGUUCGGACGGAAAGACAUACAUCAACGAAUGUUCGCUGAGAGUAGAAUCCUGUAAGUCUCGAAGAAGCCUUCGGAUAAUCUUCAGUGGAGAAUGCAGUUCAGCAUUUCGCAUGUUAACUCAAGGUGCCAAUCCUUGUGAGAAUCUGCAGUGUGGUCCGGGUCAGGAGUGUGACAUUGACAGGUACGGGAUUGCAACCUGCCAGUGUCCACCAGUCUGCGAACCAGUAAUGAGGCCAGUUUGCGCGGAUGAUGGCAAUACUUACCACAGUGCGUGUGAUAUGAGGAAAAGUGGAUGCGAGGUGCAGAAACUGCUCACAGUCAACUACAGAGGAGCUUGUGGGGAAAAAGGGACAUGUUUUGAGCAUGAGUGCGAAUACGGAGCUUUGUGUCUCAUGAAAAAGCGACGUCCUGUGUGUGAGUGUCCGGAAUGUGCGGAGGAAUUCGAUCCUGUGUGUGGCACCGACGGAAUUUCCUACAUCAAUGAGUGCAAGUUAAAUAAAGAGGCCUGUGAGCAAAGGAAGAAGAUUGCCGUUGCCUAUCAGGGGUUGUGCAGUGGGUGUGAACAUAAACAUUGUGAAUAUUAUGCAGCAUGCGAAAGCGACUCGGAAGGAAUUGGAAGAUGUGUCUGUCCGAAAAACUGCCUCAAGGUGGAUGCGGUAGUAUGUGGGACGGAUGGAGUGACGUAUAAGAACGAAUGUGAAAUGAGAGUCGCCGCCUGUGAGAAAGAACAAUAUAUCAUGGUUGGAUCCCGUGGACCGUGCGACCUCUGCCAGAACGUGCAUUGCAAGCAUGGGGCACGCUGUGAAGGUGGCCACUGCAUCUGUGCCUUUGACUGUCCGGACGCCUACGACCCGGUGUGUGGCAGUGAUGGAACGACGUACCGGAACGACUGCGAAAUGAGGCGUGGAUCGUGCCAGAAAGGAAUCAAUCUGGCCACGGUGUUCUUCGGGGAGUGCGAUAGGACGCCCUCCGGAUCCUGGGAAGACCAUGAAGUCAACAUGCACAGCCUGACCUGCGAAUUAGCGAACUGCCGUUUCGGCGGAGUUUGCGACCACGACCCCCGAGGUUACGUCCAUUGCGUGUGCUCUUUCCAUUGCUCACCAAUCAGAGAUUCUGUUUGUGGAUCUGACGGCAGGCUCUACGAAAAUGAGUGCAGACUCCGAGAGGAAUCCUGUCGCCUGCAGCAAAAUAUUCAGAUCGUAGCUUCGGAGAACUGCGGAGUGGUUUCAGCCAGUGUAUGUCUUCAAUCACCUUUUGGAUGCUGCCCGGAUGGGAGGACUCUAGCUCUGGGGCCAAAUGCUGCUGGUUGUCCCAGUACAUGUAACUGCAACCGUCUUGGAUCUUACGGGGAAAGCUGUGAUGUUAUUUCUGGACAAUGUGAAUGUAAGACAGGCGUUGGAGGUCUUCGCUGUGAUCGCUGCGAGCCAGGAUACUGGGGUCUGCAUAAAAUAGUUGCAGAUGGCAACGUUGGAUGUCUUCCUUGUGAUUGUAAUGUGCGUGGAUCAGCUCGAGAUGACUGUGAGCAGAUGACAGGCAGAUGUGUUUGCAAGCAUGGCAUUUUGGGAAUGAAGUGCGAUAUAUGUCCAGAAGGUACUGUACUAGGAGAAGAUGGCUGCAUGGAUGAAUCAUUGGCAAAAUCAGUGUCAGGGCCGUGCAGUCAGCUGCAAUGCAAAUAUGGUGCCAUCUGCAGAGAAUCUAACGGACGAUCACAGUGCUUCUGUGAAAUUCGUUGUUCAUCUGUGAGCGUUCCUUCACCAGUUUGUGGCACUGAUGGAAAUACUUACGCCAAUAAAUGUCAGAUGAGUGUUUUCAGUUGCCGUUAUCAGAAAUCUAUACAUCUUAGGCAACAAGGACCUUGUAAAUCUGGUGGUGUCAUAAUUGGAGCCGAAGACAUAUCCCCCACAGCAGGACCAGUCCGGAGAUCCACUGUGCAGAAAACAACAUUUGACCAGUAUGAAUCAAAGUCUACCAGAGAUGUUAGCCAUUCGGAACAGUUUUACCUGAGCACUGGACCUACAACAUCAAAACCGCCCAUAGAUGAUUCUCCUGUGGAAAUUCCUGCCUUUUCUGGAGGCUCUUUCCUUGAACUCCCGAAACUGCAAGCAUAUACUCGCCUGUCUUUGGAAUUGGAGUUCAAAAUAUACGGCAAAAAUGGUAUUAUACUGUAUAAUGGCCAAACACCAUCUGGUUCUGGAGACUUUGUUUCACUCUCGGUUAGAGAUGGAUUUGUGGAGUUCAGAUAUAAUCUAGGUAGUGGCCCUGUGAUCCUAAAAUCUCCUCACCGUCUACAGCAAGGCAAAUUCCAUCGUUUGGUUGCCAAAAGGUAUUUAAGGGAUGGUGUGCUUACUCUAGAUGGACAGGAAGAUGUAGCCGGUCACAGUGAAGGAACAUUAAAAUCUCUCGACUUAGCAGAGAAUAUGUUUUUAGGAUAUAUUCCAAGUGAAAAUAAAGGCAUUUUUGACAACAUUGGAUUAUCCAGUGGUCUGAUUGGUUGUAUUCGGCGUUUAAGAGUUGGCCACAAGGAUGUUAAUCUGACAUAUCCCAUUUCUAAAGAUAUCAUCAAAGGACAAAAUAUAAGAGAAUGCAAAGGACAACCAUGCAAUACCAUUCCUUGCAGAAAUGGGGGCACGUGUCUUUCGAACGACAGUGAAACAUUCAAGUGCCUAUGCAUUGAAGGAUUCUCUGGCGAUAUGUGCCAGAAGUCCGAAGAUCCUUGUGCGAGCUUCCCGUGCGCUAAUGGUGCUACUUGUACCACACUGCCAGAUCAUGAAUUCUCUUGUUCGUGUGAUAAAGGAUACAGUGGGAGAUUCUGUGAACACAAACCUUCCAAACCUGUCGUUAUCGAAGAGGUCUACAUCCCAGAUUUGGAUGGCACAGCCUACCUAGAACUGCCUACCUUGCAGAACGUAGGGCAAGAAUUCGUAAUCGAGCUGUGGUUUCUGUCUCGAGCCAAGGACGGAAUGCUUCUGUACAACGGGCAGGAGUCUUUGGGACGUGGAGACUUUGUGGCUCUCAAUCUGGUCGAUCGAUACGUCCAAUUUCUAUACGAUCUCGGAAGUGGAAUCGCUAACAUCACGAGCGCGUCACCUAUCAAUCUGGAGCAGUGGCAUGUUGUCAGGGCUACAAGAAUGUUGAGAAGGGGGUCUUUGCAACUGGAUGAUGGGCCGGUGACUACAGGUGAAUCGAAGGAGCCUUUGAGUGAGUUGAAUCUGGACCGUCCGCUUUAUCUGGGUGGUUAUCGGCAUUUGUCCACGAUCAAUCCGGAAUCUGGUAUCACAUCUCGGUUCAAGGGGGCCUUCCAAAGGCUUGUCCUCAACGGUGAAGUGGUAGAUGAUCUCAGGAAAGUGGCCAAGUCCUCUCAAGAUGUGGGGCAUUACUUCGGACCACCAUGUGGUCCCAAUCCUUGCCACAACGGUGGUAUGUGCCUACCACAGCUCAACAAUUUUCACUGCAAGUGUCCCGUUGCUUAUACAGGACUCUGGUGUGAAAAAUAUAUUGAAAACGUAUCAAUUGAUGAACCUGUAAUGUUUGAUGGCAAAAAUUUCUUGAAAUUUCCGAAUAGGAUAUCAUCCAGCCUUCAUACAGAUGGACACAACAGAAUUGAAGUGACAUUUCGUACAGAAUCGAGUGAUGGACUUCUUCUGUGGUCUCAUGAGGAUCUUCCGACGGUCGGCGACUUCUUAGCACUGGCUAUAGCGGAAACAUUUUUGGAAGUCAGUUUUAAUUCUGCGGAAAGCCGUGAACCCUUGACCAUCCGACACACUAACCCUGUGAAUGAUGGUCAGUGGCAUCGCGCAGUAGUUGAUAGAAACAAUCGCCAUGGGAUGUUGCAAGUUGAUGACGACACACCUUCCGUUGUUACGUCGACGCCUGAAACAAAACACAUUAAUACAGAUGGAGUGCUAUGGAUAGGUGGUUGCUCAAACUUGCCAAAUGGACUACCUUCAGCCUACUACAAAGGCUUCGUGGGGUGCAUUCACUCCGUGAUCGUAGACGGUGAACCUCUCAAAAUCACCACUCACGGAACUGGACAAUCGUGUUCCCACACGUGACAGCCAUUCCAGGAGGAAGAAAAGGUGCUUUGACAUUCGGAGUGGUGCUAACUCAUUCUGAACUCCAAAACUGACCGGAGAAGUGUUUUAUAUGAACUACAGAAUCAAAUCGAUACUGCCUAUAAAGUUUUAUAUUUUCCGAUUCUUAAAAGGAUGAACGCUUGUAAUUAGUGCUUUGCGGAAUUGUAUGAUAUGAUACAUAUUGUGGUGCAUAAAAUGGGAGAGAGAUUCAUCAGAGUCAGAAGAAAUUAUCAUUGUAUAUUUUAAAGAACCGUACAUUGUUAUUUAUAUAAAAAAUUUAAAACCAAAUGAAGACAUAAUUAUUAAAUAAUUCUGUAUCUUUGAUUUAAAAAAGUAGAAACAGUGGAAUAAGAGAAUGAAACCUUAAAUAACGCGUUGAAAUUGCAUAUUUAAACAUAAUUAUAUAUUUCUUUCCAAAAUUCGAACAUCUUAUUAAAAAAACUUACAGUGAGUUGGGAAUUAAAACAAUUUCAAGAUAAUAAGCCUUUUAUACUUUCAGCUUAUCUUUUCCGGUUCGCAUUCGAACUUGGAUGUUAUAUUUAACAUUUAAUCCUAGAAAGAAUUAUAAUUCCUUUAUCUUAAUUUCAACAACCAUUUGCCAAUAUUCCUAAUUUAUUUUUAAAACAAAAAGCAAAAUUUUAUUAUUGAAAGAAUUAUGGUGUAAAAUUAUCUCACUAUUAAAUUUAUGUAUAUCUUGAUUUUCAUGGCGAGCACUUUUGAAACGGCGCCAAGAAUAACUCUAAACUAGAAAGCCAAAGUGAAAGUGUGAGUAGUUGCUUUAGUUUGGCUAGUUUUGACUGUAUUUUUUACAUUAUUUGGCAGUUUGGCGUGAUCGCUGUGGAUUUCAAACUAUACCUAAAUUUAUUAAAUCAUAAGUUCCUUUUAAUUUGAAUAUCUUAGAAAUCAUUUUCGAUUCUGUUCUAUUUACAAAGAAAUUACGUUAAACAAAAUCUAGAAUCCUUUACUAAAAUUAUCUAUUUUCAAAUAGAAAUAAGAGUAACUCUGAUCCUAAUUAUACAGGUACCUUUAUAGCACAAUGAUUUAUCCUGGCCAAAUCAUUUUUUCUCAUUCUAAUGCUAGAAAAAAUAUUUAAUCAGAUAAUUUUCAAUACUCUCUCGUAUAAAAUAUAAAACUCGUACAAAUCUCGUAUAAAUUUAAGU